UUUUGGAAUGCUAAUGACCGACAUAUUCGUAAACACAUUCCCCCAUUCGCGCCUCGAAGUAAGAGUAGCGUACGUAUCGUAAGACGAUAUCAUUUUAAAAAUAAACAACAGCAUAUAUAUAUAAUAUAGUUGAUAUCAAACGACCGCGUUAAGCAGCAGCGGUAUUGAGAAAUCUUUAUAUAGUAACAUCGUCAGCUUAAACAGUGUUUCAAUUUGAAUGGGUUGCUGUUUUAAUUAAUUUUUUUCUGCGAUAUUUGCUUUUAAUGAAUUUUGUGCCACGUUCAUCGCAAUUAAUCAUCGAGUGACCAAGGUUGUUGAAUAUGAGAUAUGUCUGAUUAAUAUCGGAUAAUCUGAAGAUAACACAUAUCAAAAGGAUAUAUUGCAAAAUUUAUGAUAAUGUACAAUCAUAUACAUUUUUGGCGUUAAAAUGUGAUUAUAUCGCAAUUCAAUUUCUUGUGAAUUUUACAUGCGCUUGACAUUUUUUUUUUCUGAAGCAAAUACGAGUGAUGAGUUUCAUUGAUACAUCUGUGUUAAAAUAAAUUAUAUUCAAGAAAUAUAUCAUAUUUUCAAGAUCUACUCAGCCGUGAUUUAUCGAUAUAUCAAAGUUUUCUUAAGAGUCUAAUAGUAGAUUCUAGAAGAAAAUGGGUUUCAAAUGGUUUCGAGCACGUCUAAAGAUAACGAAGAAGGCGUCUAAAAUUCCAGUAAUGACCGGUUUAUAUCGGAGAGUUUCGUACGUUGAAUCGUUUACAUCAACAACACGGAAAAAUGAGAUUUCAAAUGAACAAGUUUUUGAGCACAACGUUCCAGCAGCAAGUAUUAAUAACGAAAGCAUGCAACAUGAUUCAAAAGCGGAUCUUACAAGUCAAUUAUCAUCAUCAUCAAGCAUUGAUUCCAAAGAAAGUAAUCAUACAGUUGAAAACGCGAAAUCUUCUGCUAAAGAUUCAACCAUAAAUGGAGAAUCAUCAACGCAUGAUAAGAAAGAAUUGAAUAAAAUAAAUAAAGAUGAAAGUAAUGUUUCAGAUACAAAGAAUCGUGUCAGUUCAGAUAACGAGCUAGUGAUUUAACAAGGGAAAAAUGUUUGAAAAUGGUUGUAUAUAAAAAUGCACAAAAAUGGAUAUUUUUGUGUCCCAAUUUGUACAUUUCGUUCUCUUAUACACUUAUUAUUCGCUUUUAUAUAGUUUAAGUACUAUAUUUGAAUUAAUAUUCUUUAAUUUUAAUUAUACAUAAACAAAUACGCAAUAAUAUAUAUGUUUAUAUAUAAAAAAUGUUAACAAUAAUAGUCUUUAGUAUUAGAAUAAGUGUAUAAGAUUAUUAUAAUCCGCAGCACUUGUAUUAAACAAGUUUGAGAGGAAACAAUGAUAACGAAAAGGA